AUGAUAACCCGCGCGUGGGUAGUUGUUUUAUUUCAGACACUCGUCUGCCUUACCCUCGUGGCCCUGCCCGGGGCGUUCUCGGCCGAUGAGUCGGUCCAGUUGAGCGAGGCGUUUGGCGGCCCGCAUGGAAAUGAAUUCUCGGACCAAGCAUCAGUUGCGGCAGGACAGUCAAUUGGAUCGAUAACGAUUCGCGCGGGUGAACGAGUCGACGGCAUUUCGUUGGAGGUAACAGCACCAAAAGCAGCCACGUUCAGUCAUGGUGGCUCUGGCGGAAAAGCAAACACUUUGACGCUCGCAAAGGAGGAGUACAUCACCUCAAUGGAGGCGCAUUGGGGCGAGAAAAAAGGUCGAACGCGGAUCUUCUACUUGAGCUUUGGGACGAGCGCAGGCAACACGGUAGCGGCAGGACGGUAA